UGCGAGGGAUCGCCUGAGGCGUUGGGUUUAGGUCGCUGCAGCCAUGGCAGACCCAGAGAAAAUCCUGACCCCGUGUCAGGGGGGCCCGGCUCAGUUUCCCCCCACCGCCAUUCCCCCCACCGUGCAGUGACAGCCGUGCUGCAGCAAUGCCCUGCCUGCUGCCUGGGGAAGAUGUAACAGUGCGGGAGCCUCUGCACUGCCAGGCAAUGGGGAAUUCUGGACGUGGUGGUAGCUCACUGUGCUCCCUGACAAGGGGGCGAGGCAAAGAAACUUCCAAAAUUCCUUACAUAUGCCAAUUUUACCCCAAACGUAUGAACAUAAUGUGGCAGGUGAAGUCUGAGCCUAAGAGAUGUGUCACUUGGGAUGUCAGCAUGCACUGAUAUGGAUGGACUUGCUGUACAUGAUCUUAAAGAUCCCUUGCAGCCUUGAUUCUGAUUCUCUGCUGUGACUAUUAGCUGUGGUGGCAAUCACCAGCCAAGUACAAGAUUGUCACGAUGAGUUUUGUUGAAUAUGGAGAUACGAUAAAGGAUGGUGACACGGCUAUUGUGUUCCUGGGCCACGAGUCCAUGUUUCCUGUGAAAGUGCAGCAUGGCUCUGUAACACAGACUAAGUAUGGGGUCAUCAGGCAUUCCACAGACCUCAUAGGCAAGAAGUAUGGCUCCAAAGUGACCUGCAGUAAAGGAGGAUGGGUGUUCAUUCUUCAUCCAACUCCAGAACUGUGGACCAUGAAUCUCCCACACAGGACGCAAAUUCUGUAUUCCACUGACAUCUCCAUAAUCACCAUGAUGUUGGAACUGAAGCCAGGCUCCAUAGUAUGUGAAUCAGGUACCGGCAGUGGGUCCCUCUCCCAUGCUCUCAUCCGGACAGUGGCUCCCACCGGGCACCUGUACACAGUGGAGUUCCACCAGCAAAGGGCUGAGAAGGCGCGGGAGGAGUUUCGGGAGCACGGGGUGGAGCACCUGGUCACUGUGACCAACCAGGAUGUCUGCAAAAAUGGCUUUGGGGUCUCAAACAUUGCAGAUGCUGUGUUCCUAGAUAUUCCAUCUCCAUGGGAAGCCAUAGGACAUGCCAAGUCAGCAUUAAAAGCUGAAGGUGGCCGCAUCUGCUCUUUCUCCCCCUGCAUUGAACAAGUUCAAAGAACCUGCCUAGCGAUGGAAGAAUAUGGUUUUACAGAGAUUAACACCUUGGAAAUUCUGCUCCGAGUUUACAACGUAAGGACAGUUAGCUUGCAAAUCCCUGACCUUGGAAAAGCAGCUGAGGAUAAUUCUAGCACUGGCUUUGACAGCAGCAACCCAUCACAUCAAGAGAGCCCGUGUGCUAAUCUGCAGCAAGGGACUGUGCAGUUCAAGAGUGGCGUGCCACUGAGGGAGGUGGUUGGGCACACCGGGUACCUGACCUUUGCCACCAAGAGCCUGGUGUAGUACAUGCCCAGUUUGUGCAGUCUGGAGAGGAGUAUUCUGUUUUCAUGGCUCUUUUUUGUAUGGCAUCCAAAGUUUUACUUGUCAGGGAAUUCCAUAUAUAGUCAGAUUCAGUUGGAAUAUGCUUUGUUUAAAUAGCACACCAGCAUUAAGCAGAGCAGCAUCAAGGGAAUGUUGAAACUCUGGAAUGGUGCUCCACUUGCUGUCAGAAAGAAGAUAAAUUAAUAGCAAAUGGCCAUUCACUGGAAUGUGCAGAAUUAAGAUCUCUCACAAGAAAGCAAAACAAACAGACAAAUUACAAAUAAGUUGGAUUUUUUCCUCCUUUUUUCCUGAAUUACUUUCCCAGGUUUAUGUUUUUAUUUUUUUCCUAGCACCACUGGACACUAUUUUUUUUAACUUCUCUAGUGUCUGUGUUGCUCUGAAGAAUGUGCAAGUGCCUACUUCCUCCAUUUUAGAUAAGAAAGUUCCAAGAUUAUAGGGUUGCCAGCACAACUGUUCACAGAAUCAGUGUUUCCGUGGAAUAGUGUUCCAGAGGAUUAUUGGCAACACUCAGGAACACAACCUCUUACUCCAUUCCAGGCUGGUAUCUGCAAAUCAUUUUGACUACACAGAGGUCAAAGAAGUGUGGUAAUUGUUGGAUUUAAUUUAAAUUGGUAUCUUGUGCUCAUCAAUUUGUAGUAGAAAUUUGAACAUGGAUCCAUACCGUCAUGUUCAAAUAGAACAACUACUUGCAUAGUUAAUGAAUCCACUGUGAAAAUUAACUGAACAGCUGGCUAAUAUUAUCUGAACACCUCUUUGUAAGUGGUGUGGAUGAGGUUCCAGUUGUUUGGUGGUUUAUUUCCAUUAUGGUGUAUUGUGUUUCUGCAGCUGAACGACAGAAAGAUUGCUUUUGGCUGGAUUUCUGUCUCCAAAUUACAUCAAUAAUGCACACUUAGUAAAAUCCUCAACCAGCCUUAUUAAUUAAGUUUUCAGAUCAUUUACUCUCUGGUCUUCCAUACAGAGCUGGGGGGUGUGAUGAACUGUUUGAAUGCUGGAUUACAUUUUGUAUUUAUAGAUUAAAAUAAUAAUGCAAAUUUA